GAGACGACUGCAGUCCUUCAUAAACAGCCUGCAGUCCUUCAUAAACAGCCUGCAGUCUUCUGCUCUGGUGAGUUUAGGUUUGUUUUCAGUUUAUUGAGAAAUCUGAGUCUCAUUUUCAGCACUGUGAAAGAAAGUGAUUAUUAACUGGACCUACAAAGUCGUCUGUUUAACUGAAAAAAACCCCUGAAAUUAGAGUGUUGUUACUUUUACCAAACUGAAAGUGAAACUCUGAGCAUUCGGACUGGAGAGAACAACAACUGCAGUAAAAUAAAAUGGCUUCUAAGUUUUCAGAGGAGGAUUUCUCCUGUCCUGUGUGCUGUGAAAUCUUCAAGGAUCCUGUUCUUCUGCGCUGCAGUCACAGUGUGUGUAAAGUGUGUUUGCAGCAGUUCUGGGAGACCAAAGGAUCCAGAGAAUGUCCUCUUUGUAGGACAAAGUCAUCUAUAAAAGAUCCUCCCAAAAAUCUGGCCUUAAAGAACCUGUGUGAGACUUUCUUACAGGAGAGAAGUCAGAGAUCUUCAUCAGGGUCUGAAACAGUCUGCAGUCUGCACAGUGAGAAACUCAAACUCUUCUGUCUGGAUGAUCAACAGCCGGUGUGUGUGGUGUGUCAUACUUCAAGAAAACACACCAACCACAAAUUCUGCCCCAUUGAUGAGGCAGUAACAGACUGUAAGGAGAAGCUCAAAACUGCACUGAAGCCCCUACAGGAGAAACUGAUGAUCUUUACAGACUGUAAACUAAACUCGAGUCAGACCGCGGAACAUAUAAAGAUUCAGGCCCAACACACAGAGCGUCAGAUUAAGGAACAGUUUGAGAAACUUCACCAGUUUCUACGAGAUGAAGAGGCAGUCAGGAUCGCUGCACUGAGAGAGGAAGAGGAGCAGAAGAGUCAAAUGAUGAAGGAGAAGAUUGAGAAUCUGAGCAGAGACAUAUCAUCUCUUUCAGACACAAUCAGAGCCAUAGAAGAGGAGAUGAGAGCUGAAGACAUUCUGUUCUUACAAAACUACAAGGCCACAGUGGAGAUGAGAGCCCAGUGCACACUGCAGCAUCCAGAGGAGCUUUCAGGAGCACUGAUCCAUGUGGCAAAACAUCUGGCCAACCUGAAGUUCAGAGUCUGGGAGAAGAUGCAGGACACUGUCCAAUACACACCUGUAACUCUGGACCCCAACACUGUUCAUCCUAAACUCAUUGUAUCUGAUGAUCUGACCAGUGUGAGACUCAGUGAUGAGAGACAGAAACUUCCUGAUAAUCCAGAGAGAUUUGAUAAAUAUUACUGUAUCCUGGGCUCUGAGGGCUUUAACUCAGGGACACACUGCUGGGAUGUUGAUUUUGGAGACUGUACAAGUGUGGGUGUGAUGACAGAAUCUGCUCAGAGGAAGGGGGCGAUAAUCUCCAGAAGUGGAAUCUGGUAUGUGGGGUAUUAUAAAGGUAAAUAUGGAGCACGUUCUACACCACAGAAGCCCACUCUCCUCUCAGUAGAACAGAAACUCCAGAGGAUCAGAGUGAAACUGGACUGGGACAGAGGAAAGCUGUCAUUCUCUGACCCUCUUACUAACACACACAUACACACUUUCACACACAUAUUUACUGAUAAAUUACUGCCAUUUCUACGUGUUUCAUCUAAAGAAUCUCCUCUAAAAAUCCUCCCUCUUCAAAGCACUGUAAGAGUGAAUCAGAUCAGUUAGAGCCAGGGGCUUUUUUUGUCUGUGAUCUCAGCCACCCUAAAAUUAAAAGUGUAAUUUUUACUUUCAUAAAUAAACAAUAAAAAUUACGUUAAAAUGUCAGGACAUGUCGUCGAUUGGAAAGAAAAUUAUUUAUCAGUUUGAUCCAAGAGCGAUUUUUUUUUACUUUGCUUUUACGCGCGUGCAUUGUAGUCUUUCAAAAGUGCGUCAUCAGCUGUCUGCUGUAUUUGAACGGACAAGCACCGGCACGCACAGCGUGCACGUUAGUCAGAGCACUUAUCUAUAACGUUAAUCGGCGGAAAGCCACAAAGACGGCAACCAAAAGCAGUGAAAUUUCACUAUUCUUAUUACCAGAGGUGAUAGCACAAACAAAAUAUUAAUGCAAACAAUCCAUUCAAUAAUAAAUAAAAAUAACAUUUAUUGAUUUGUUCUUUGUCUUGUGAAUAUUUUUUAUUAAUGACUGCAUUCAUUGGACACACUGUUCGUAGAGAAUGCACACAUACAUGAACUGAUUUGAUUCAAGACUGUCAUCAUUACAUCAUGCAUAAGAUUUUGGUGUCCACUUUUGCCAUUUUGAAUAAUACCAUAACUUUUGGCUUACUAUGUAGAUAUAUAUUAUAUAAUAUAAAACUCUUCUUGUUUUAAAUUCUCACUGAGGGCUAAAACCCCUAAAGAUGAAAUCCUAGAACUGCAACUGGUUAGAGCUCAUUGUUUUAUUCCAGUUUAUUAAUGAAAUAUAAGAUUCAGAUUCUUUGUGAAAGUUUGUUAAAAGUUGAAAUCACUGAACAGUUCAUUGUGAAAAGUUUAUUAGUCUUGUGGCAUUUGUAAAUAACCGUAAGUAUAUUUUGUUACAGGAAAGGCGAUUGUCUUUUAUUUUGAAAUUUUUGUAUUGCAAUGUUUGACUUCUGGUCUUAAGCUAACUCCUUUUUUUUUGUGUUUAAGAUGCGCACGCCUUGGCUAGUGCAGUUUCAUAGAUAUCUAUACAUAGAUGUCGCCUUGGGCUCCUAAAAAUGCGUCAAAACCGCCGCCAUCUUUGUACAGUGCUCUUGUACUUCAAAUGAAUGGACGAUGCCGGACUUCUGUGCUGCGUUUGGGUGUUCAAACGAAAGAAAUCUAAAAACCAGACAGCAAGGGAUUACAUUUCACAGAUUCCCAAAUGAUAAACAGAGACGUCAGUCAUGGACAAGUUGCAGGGAUACUAAACACUUUUUUUUUUUAAAUGGUUAACUCAGCUGACAGUCCUGGAAGGAUGUCACCAGUUAGGUUGGCAGUUCAGCCUCAAAGUCAAACUUUGUUUAUGUAACUUUAUUACAUACUUAUUUAAUGUUGCAAAAGUAUUGUGGGAAAAGAAUAAAUAAAAGAUUGAACAAUCUUUAGCACCUCAACUAUCUAACUUUCACAUUAUGUUCCUCUCAAAUUUGUGAUUUGCUUCCACCUUCAGAUUGCUUUGUGUAUCAUAUUUAAUAAACCAAUACAAUUUAAAUGUUUAAAUUAACAUGUAUAGUCACACCAUUGGUAAGGUAAGGAGUGAUUGUUCAUUUAAAGUUUACUCAAAUGGAAGAAUGUAACUAAUAAACUUACACCUACUAGCACUAUGCAUUAUAUUGUGAAAAAGUAGAUUAUCUUAAUAUCAAAACCAAAAUUUUCUCUGGACUUAAUGAUAAAUACAUGUCUGACCAUUGGAACGAACCAAAAAAAACUAGAAAAUCGCAUUCAUGACGAUUUAUGUUGAUUUUAUUUCUUUGCCUACAUUGACUCUGAUGAAUAAACAGGAGGGGGUCCCCUGUACCAAGAUGGCGGCUCAAUUGACGCAUUUGUUCCAAUGUACUGCCGUAUACAAGGCAACAUCUAGUGUAGAUAUCUAAGGUGCAGUUUAUAGUAUAGCUUGGUAUACCAAAUACGGCAAUAACUUCGACCCGAAGCCGUGGUUAAUGUCUAAUUCGCACUUGCCGCCCCUCAGGGGUUUUUUACAGCUGGUCACUUCAUGCGUUUUCUGUGAUCAGAUAGCUAUCCGAUCGUAAAAAGACCAGGUGUAAAUGCCCUCCGAUCGCUCAAACCACUUCAGAAGGUGGUCUGGGACGCAUUUCAGAUGAAACUGGACAGGUGUAAAUGAAUGUGGUUGUUCAAGCCACAUAUGUCAGCGCUAUACUUCUCCCAAACGGAAGUACGUCACUCGCAGGUGACUCGCGAGUCGUGCAUCGGGCCAGAAACAAAUAUGUUUUCCCAUCAGUACUGGCUCCGAUCUUUCACUCAGGUGUCUCAUUGGGUCUUAAAAUGCACUGCUGCCGCCAGCGAAAAUGCACCAAACAGUAAAUGCUGUUUUUUGUAGCAACCGCAUACACCAAGGCGUGUUCCAUUUCAAAUUACCCCGGAAAUGAGGUAAAAUAUAUUUGCAUAUUGGGCAGGAGUAGAAAGAUCAGAUUGAUAUCUGAUUCGCCAAGACGCAUUUGUGUGGCCUAAUGUAAAUGGAACAGUUUUAAAAAAUCAGAUAGCUAUCGGAUCAGAGAAAACACGUGAAGUGACCAGGUGUAAAAAGGCCCUCAGAAGAGGCAAAAGAUGUUAAAUAAGUUGAGAUAUGAGCAUUUUGUCUGUUAAUGUGUUCGUUUUGCACAAAUGUAAGACAGCAGAUUGUGAACAAUGUUAGCUGAUCAGUUUCAUGUUUUGUUUACAUCUGAGCUCUUAUGUUGGUGAUAUGGUGAAUGGAUUAAUGUUCAUAAAGGAUUAAACUUCAUAAAAUCAUCAGUAAAAGUCUCACCCUUGUUCGGGUUGCAUGCUACAGCGCUAUUACUGUUACGGUUCAGCCCGGACAUUUGGCCAUGUGCUUCUGUUUAUGUUCUGUAUCACGUGUCUGCCCCGCCCUUGUUUACUCCUCCCUGUCUCUACACACCUGUUCCCUAUAUGUUCAUUGUCUUGUCUAUUUAACCGUGCCGCGUUGCAGAUGGCAGGGCGGAAUCAUCGUCAUGUACCUCGUCCUCUAUCCUGUUGUCGUCGUCAUUGUUCCUGUUCUGUGUAUUUUAGUUAUUAAACAUAUUUAUUUGAAGCUA